CCAUGAGGGGCCAGAUAAAGGUGUGUUCGAUGAAUUUCGUCAUACAAAACAAUGACGACAUGCAUCUAUACAAAAUCUAGUAUUGCAAUAAGGCUGAUAAGAUUCUAACCUUGGACUAUUUGUUCCCUGACGCAACUCAUUUCCUUAACAGGUGCGUAUUAUCACGAAAAGUUUCUUCGUGAUGAUCGAGACUUGUGUCUAUCUAUAACAAGAGCAAAGGCCCCAAAAAGAAACCGUACGGCAUCGACGAAAACGACAACAAACACCAAAAAGAAUACGAAAAAAGUACCUUCACUCUACGCGAAUACAAAGACAACUGAGACGAGGGGGAGCGAGAAAAGUAGCUUGAGUGCCAUGCCUACGCCAACUAUAAACAUGCCAAUAAGUCAGAAUAUUUUUGAUGCCGAAUCACAAGCUCGGCAAUCUUUGUCAUCUGAAUUCAGCGUCGCAACAAGAGGGCCAUUGCACACAGCGUCAUCCUCCCCAUUCCAAUCGAGUAAUGCAGUAUUGCGUCAGCAGGAUCACUUCUCUUCUUCCUCAAAUUCACGCCAUGGUCCUACAAACGUCACGCAUCCGCAACAGACCAUAAAUAAUCAACAACUAGAGUCUUCUGUGGCUGAUACUUGUCGAUGGCUCAUCGAUGCUGGGGUCCCGAUGUCUGCCUUUGACCCGGUUUCAAUCGGCGACAUAUCUCGGUCCGCACCACUUGCUGUUCCUCAGCUUAAUACCUCUGCCACCUCCUCUUUCUCCCCUACCAUUAGUCAGAAAACAGUAAAGCAAGAGAUCAAAACGGGAAACUCUUCAGCUACGAAUAUAAUGGCAUCGGUUGACAACAUUGGAGAUCUAGCGCCACAAAUGAAUUCCAGUGGUGGUAAUGACAACAACUACGAUCUAACAUCUCUUUUCACGAUGAGCUUACCAUCCAACAACAGCUCGGCAUCAAUUGCAUUCGAUAAUGACCAUCUGCUCACAGAUUUACUCCCUGGUGAAAACUUGCCUUUGGUUGACGAUUCCCUUUGGGCGUUAUAGCCUGUGUUAGGCUUAUCACGAGACUUAAACUCCAUGUACAUAAAUUGCAACAAAUGAA